AUGACAACUAGAUACCGUGUUGAAUACGCUCUCAAGGCUCACCGUCGAGAUGCACUUAUCGAAUUCAUCAAGGGACUCCUUGCUGUCCCCUUUGUUCUUCACUCCCAGCCCACCGCCGUAGCCGGAGAUGCGUCCCUCCCCAACAUGGCCAUUGAGGCCCGUCGUCGAUACAGGGAAAUUAUGAAGGAUGUUGAAGAGCUCAUCAAUGAUCACAUCAAUAAUGAACGUGCCGGCACCCCCGAGCGCUCCAAACUUCGCUUCCUCGUCCCUUCUGUCGGAACCUUUUUCACUCCACUCUUUCUUGAAGCUGCCUUCGUGGCCCAGGACUCUCGACGGGCAAUUUCAUGCCGUAGAUUUGUAGCACCGUCAUUCAAUGAUAUCCGACUGAUUCUCAACACGGCACAAAUAAUGUCGCUUACCACCCAAAAUGGUCCCCUCAGACUUGUCACUUUCGACGGAGAUGUGACCCUCUAUGAUGACGGACAUUGCCUCUCUCCCCAGAACCCAGUGAUCCCGCGGAUAAUCCACCUCAUGUCCAAAGGUCUCUGUAUUGGAAUUGUAACGGCAGCAGGCUACACUGACAGUGCUCGGUAUAAGGAGCGUCUCUACGGCCUUCUUGAGGCUAUCAAUACAUCUCCACUCCUUACAGACGAACAACAUACUCUUCUCUCAGGUGUUUCUCGUGAUGUAUGGGCACUCGAUGAAAUGCGCCUUUGGACAGAAGAAGAUAUCCAAAAGCUCCUUGACAUCGCCGAGACCGCUCUCUUAGAGUCGGUAUCGACUAUGUCACUGAAAGCCACUGUCCUGCGUAAAGCACGCGCUGUAGGGAUUGUUCCAAUUGUUGCUGGUGCCAAGUUUGAGCGGGAACAACUCGAGGAAGCUGUUCUUGCCGUUCAAAAGACAUUGGAGCUUAGUGAAGUUGGGCGGAGACUACCGUUUUGUGCGUUCAAUGGUGGUAACGAUGUCUUCGUCGAUAUAGGCGACAAGAGAUUGGGUGUACUUUGUUGCCAGAGAUUCUUUGGUGAAAUCAAGGGGAGCGAAACCUUACACAUCGGAGACCAAUUUUUAAGCGCAGGGCACAACGACUUUAAGGCACGCAUGGCCGGAACUACUGUAUGGGUUGCAAAUCCAGCUGAAACUGUCAGCAGUUUGGAUGAGUUGCACGAUUUAUUAGAGAAUGGAAUGCCAGCUGAUUCCUAA